CGGACCGCCCGAACCGCGACGUCCACGAGUUUCUGCGUCCGGCCCCGAGCCAAGAGAUCCGGACAUCUCCAUGGCGACCGCGCUGCGUCUCGCGGCGGUCGCGCGGGACUCUCCGGCGGCCGUCUCCAAGCUCGGGAGGGAGAGGGCCUCGCUGUGCGCCAUCGCUAGGCCGGGUGGGCAAUGCUUUGCGCGGAGGGGGCUGGUGCUCCGCUGCCAGAGCGGGGCAGCCGCAGCGGCGGCAACUAUCAAUAAGGGCGGGGCGGCGGAUGGAGCCGGGGCAGCGGCGGGAUUCACCGUCGUGAUGAAGUUCGGCGGCUCCUCGCUGGCGUCGGCCGCGUGGAUGCGGGAGGUGGCCGACCUCAUCCUGAGCUUCCCCGAGGAGACGCCCGUCGUCGUCCUCUCCGCCAUGGGGAAGACCACCAACAACCUCCUCCUGGCCGGAGAGAAGGCGGUGAGCUGCGGCGCUACCAAGGCGUCAGAAAUCAACGAGCUCGCCGUCAUCAAAAAGCUCCAUCUUAGGACCAUUGAUGAGCUUGGACUAGAUAGCUCGAUUGUUUCAGGUUUCUUGGACGAAUUGGAGCAACUACUUAAGGGUGUUGCUAUGAUGAAAGAGCUGACUCUUAGGACACGAGAUUACCUUGUUUCCUUUGGUGAAUGCAUGUCUACAAGAAUAUUUUCUGCAUAUUUGAAUAAACUUGGGAAGAAGGCACGACAGGUACAUACUUCUAUUCUAGCAAGCAACAAUUUAGUAGUUUGGUUACAACUUUGUUUUGCAGCAUACAUGUCUGGACCAGUUGGUGCAAUUAGACAGAAUAUUUCAAUCACCUUCUAUCUCAUGCGGAGGAUGUAG